GAAACACCAGCUAAAAUGGAGUCCCAAGUGCGUCAGAACUACCACCGCGACUGCGAGGUCGCCAUCAACCGGAUGGUCAACAUGGAGCUGUUUGCAUCUUACACCUACACUUCUAUGGCCUUCUACUUCGACCGUGAUGAUGUGGCCCUGCCAGGGUUCUCCCACUUCUUCAAGGAGAACAGCCAUGAGGAGAGGGAGCAUGCUGAGAAGCUGCUGUCCUUCCAGAACAAGAGAGGAGGGCGCAUCUUCCUCCAGGACAUCAAGAAACCUGAGCGUGACGAGUGGGGCAGUGGGCUGGAGGCCAUGCAGUGUGCUCUGCAGCUGGAGAAGAAUGUCAACCAGGCUCUGCUGGACCUGCACAAGCUGGCUUCUCAACUUAAUGACCCACAUCUGUGUGACUUCCUGGAGAAACACUACCUGGAUGAGCAGGUGAAGACCAUCAAGAAGCUGGGUGACCACAUCACUAACCUCACCCGCAUGGAUGCCCACAAAAACAAGAUGGCAGAGUACCUGUUUGACAAGCACACUCUGGAUGGAAAGAGCUAAAUGCCAAGACCUAGAAGUGAUCCUGGAGCAAAAAUGUUAACAACGCAGGCUUUUAACUAAACACACUUCUGCUCCAGCUGUUUCACUGAGAAUAAUUUCUUUCC